AUGCAGUUCAAUGACACCAUACUUGAUGUUGUCCUUAACAUUGUGAAUUUACUGGUUAUAGAACUCUCCGAUGCAAUCGCCUGUUGGUCAUGGGCAUCAUGUAUUCCAGAGAUUCUGAAUGGUGCCAAUGAAGAAGAACCAAAUCAGGGCAACAACCCCAUUAUUCCAGCAGUUCUUGUUUGGUAUUGGUCCCUCAGAUUAGAUUAUCCAUGGCAGUUGAACUAGUGCCUUCCCUAGUUCACAGAUGAAAAAGUCCAGAGGUUCUUCUCAUACCAAAGUGUAAGUAAUGGAUGCCGAGUGUUUUGUAUUUUGUAUUGGACAUGGGACUAAGAGUUUCACAUUAUUGUCUUAGUAUUUUUGUGAGGAAAAUUUCUAGACUAGUUCAAGAUACUCUCUCAAUUAUAUAACUAAAAUGCCCGAUUGGACAGAUUUGGAUUAGAACUUUAUCUAUAUUGGCAAGUGUAACUUAAGUGACAAAUUUUUUUUAAUGGUC